AUGUAUUUGAUCGGUUUAACCGGUGGUAUAGCAACUGGGAAAAGUACUGUUUCACAAAUUUUUAUCGAAAAUCAUAUUCCGAUUAUUGAUGCCGAUUUAAUUGCUCGUAAAGUUGUUGCACCAGGUAAAAAUGCCUAUAAGAAAUUGCGCAAACAUUUUGGCAAUGAAUUCUUUGAUAGUAUAAGUGGUGAAUUGUUGCGGAAAAAACUCGGUGAUUUAGUUUUCUCCGAUGAAAAUGUUCGUCAUUUGGUCAAUUCAAUUACACACCCUGAAAUACGUAAAAAUAUAGCACUUGAAAUUUUGCAACAUUUCUUUCGUGGUGAAAAAUUCGUUAUUUUAGAUCUUCCGUUACUUUUUGAAGCUGGUUAUGCAAAAAUUUUACAAUCAAUUGUAUUGGUUGAUUGUCUUGAAGAUAUUCAACUAAAACGAUUACAACAGCGCGAUAAUAUUGAUGAAGAUGCCGCUCAUAAACGGAUCAUUGCACAGUAUCCGAUGUGUGAUAAACGUCGUUUUGCAACUCAUAUUGUGAAUAAUAGUGGCACUAUUGAACAGACACGAGUUCAAGUGCUUAAUUUAAUUGAAGAAUUUAAUGCCUCCAAUUUACACUUAAUUAUUCGAGCUAUUCUACUAUUUGCAUUGCUUACUUUCGUCAUCUUAAGUUAUUUGCUGUACCAUAUUGUAUUCUUAUAA